AAGGUUAAGAAUAAUACAAAAGUGGUACAUAAAUUGGAUAUUAUUUUAGUGCAUUGUAGACCUUUAGUCGGAGAAAAAUAAUUUUGAGAGUUCUACGGCACUUUCAGCUGGCAGCAGAUAUCGAUAGAUAGAUAUGGCAGCGUCUGCCACAGCGAGCGGAGCUCCCAAGCUCUGCUACUCAGCUUCCCAAUACGGCCAUUCGAAGCCUGCUACAAAGAGAGCAAUGGGUACCAUCAAGUUCUACAUUCAGAACAACGUAAACUUCCCAAGGAGAAGUGCCCAAAGGUCUUUUCCCAUCCGAGCUCUCGACCCGCAAAGAGGGGAAGAAGAAGAGCAGGAGGAUUCAAGCAAGAAUAACAAAACCGGUGCUUUUACCUCUCAGGAAGAUUUGGAAUAUUUGUGGAAAUUGGUAGCUGGGUCAGUUGUAGGUGCUGCUGUACUCAAGUAUGGAAGCGCAGUUUUUCCAGAUACCACCAGACCGAACAUUGUACAAGCUCUGAUUAUGAUAUCAGCUCCUGUCAUUGUUGCUGUUUUCCUUUUGAUCAAGCAGAGUCGUGCCGAGAGACGAAGCUAGGAACCCAGUCGUGUAACAUGCUCUUCCUGGUAAGAAUGGAUGCCAUGACCCAUUUUGCUAAGGAAAAGAAUGUCCUUCUGCAAUCGAGUUUGGUGGUGAAAGUUGCGAGGAUGAUUGUCUCGAUGUCUGUCGUCUUGAGAAUCCUUCCCGAGAGUGUUCUAGCUGAUCAUUUCUGAACUUCAGAAAACGUUGUAAGAAUUUGUGAGCUUGGAGAAACUAAGCGUGAUAGAUGGGCAAUCAAUGUUCUGCUCAUCGACUGGGAUUCUAUUGUGUAAAGGAUCGUUAUGAUUUGUUAUAUGGGAACUAGUUAGGUGAUUUCA